AUGCGUAAUCUUCGCAACAUCCGCUUCGGCCAGUGGUCCCACGCCGACAUUACUUCGACCUGCUGGGACCCCGCCAACGAUGACCUCUUGUGCACAGUCGGACCUACUGAGGCGCGGGCCACCAUCGACCUGGUAAGGAUAUCAGACCAGAACAAACUAUCAUCCAAAACUGUUGCUACCUGGGACGCGCCCAGCCCUAACCCUGAUGUCACCGCCGACUCGAUCAUCAGCGUUCACCACUUUAGCGACACGGCCACGACCUGCAUCAUUCUCGCGGGCGGCGACAUCAUCACUGUUCAGGAGUCCGAAACAUUUUCCUCGGGCCAAGAUGCCGCACAUAUUGAGAUGGUUGGCUCCAUCGACGCCGGCAUCACCGCAGCGCGCUGGUCGCCCGAUGAUGAGCUACUCACCAUCACCACGGGCGACGGAAACGCCGUCUUCAUGGGGCGGACCUUCGACCCAAUCGCCGAGGUGGCCAUGACGGCUCGGGACUUUGCCGCAUCGAAGCAUGUCUCUGUCGGCUGGGGAAAGAAGGAGACGCAGUUUGAGGGACGCGGCGCCAAGGCCCUCAGGGACCCGACAAUUCCAGAAAAGGUAGACGAGGGUGUGCUCAGCACACAGGACGACCGUCAAGUCACCAUUACAUGGAGGGGUGACGGUACGUACGUUGCCGUCAACGCCAUUGAAGGAUCGAGGAGGGUGGUCAGGGUGUACACCCGUGAGGGCGUGCUCGACAGUGCCAGCGAGCCUGUCGAUGGGCUCGAGGGCAGCUUGAGUUGGCGGCCGGCAGGAAACCUGCUUGCAGCUGUGCAGCGUUUUAAGGAGAAGAUUGAUGUCGUCUUCUUUGAGAGGAAUGGUCUGAGACACGGCCAGUUCACCCUGAGGUCUCCGGACGGACCGGUCACAGAGCACGGCAGGAUCAGGCUUGAGUGGAACGCCGACUCGACGGUCUUGGCUGUCAUCCUGGGCGACAAGGUUCAGCUGUGGACGAUGGGGAACUACCAUUGGUAUCUCAAGCAGGAGAUUCCUCAUGCUUCUUCUGCUCCUCCUUGGCUGGCAUGGCAUCCAGAGAAGGCGUUGAGGCUUGCAUUGGCAACAACUGAUGCCCUCACAGCUUCGGAAUACACAUUCACAGUAGCCCGAGGAGCACUGAUGCCGCCUUACGAUUUCGGCGCCGUGGCGGUUGCCGAUGGGCAGACUGUCAAGGUCACCCCGAUCCGGACAGCAAAUGUCCCUCCGCCCAUGUCGUUGUUCGACCUCGAGGUUCCCUCCAACAUCGUUGAGGUCGUCUUCAAUGUGGACAACUCGCGCAUGGCAGUUCUGCAUCGCCAGGGACUAGAACUCUUCCAGUGGGAGACCAAAGGAGAGCGUGCGCUUCGCCCAAAGCUACUCGGCUCAGCGACGUUCGAAUCCUUGCUGGGAGAUCCAAGAGCGCGUGUGCCUCUGCAGACCUGCUUCUCUGCAUCUGACGAACUCUGUGUUUUGGUCUUCGACCAGGAGCUCAAGAUUGAGGUGUUUAACUUCACGCCCUCUACUUCGACAUUUAGCCUUGCCAAUAUACACGAGCUGAGUGAUCUUGACCCUGUGUCAUCAAUCUCCAGUCACUGUGGCCUGUCGGAUGCGGAGGCAUAUGCACAGGAUCGCUCUGGAAAGCUCUUUAGUCUUUCUGGUGGUGCGGGAUUGACGUCUCUUGGACGACAGCUGCCAGCGCCGCUUGCAUGGCAACAGCUCGUCAACAUCGAGGAUCAAUCUGUGUCUAUUGGUAUGACUCGCAAUGGCCACUUAUUCGCAGACACACACCUCCUGGCGAAGAAUUGCACAUCAUUUGUGGUGACAGAUGCCCACAUUAUCUUUACGACAAAUAAUCACUUUGUCAAGUUUGUCCAUCUUGUCAGUCCUGACGAGAUGGAGGUCCCUGGCGACAAUCCACAAGACGACGAGCGGUGUCGUAGCAUUGAACGCGGCGCCCGCCUGAUCACGGCGAUGCCAACGAACAUGAGCAUUGUUUUGCAGAUGCCCAGAGGAAACCUCGAAACAAUUUACCCCCGUGCCAUGGUCGUGGCGGGCAUCAGAAAGCUUGUUGAUGAGAAGAACUACGCACGCGCCUUUUCAUACUGCCGCACGCAACGUGUAGAUAUGAACAUUCUCUACGACCACCAGCCGGAACAGUUUCUUGCACAUGUCGGUCUCUUCCUGGAUCAGCUCAAGGACGUUACUUAUAUUGAUCUUUUCCUCUCGUCUUUACGGGAAGAAGACGUUACGCAAUCCAUGUACAAGGACACCAAACGGACCGCCGACCGCCCAUCAGAAAUUUCGCCUGAUGUUCUCGCGGGCGAAAAUGAUUCCAAGUCAAAAGUCAACAAAAUUUGUAACUCAAUACUAAAGAGCCUGCAGAGCAAAAAGGAUACGAACCUCCAGAACAUCAUCACUGCUCACGUCUGCAAAGUGCCGCCAGCGCUCGAUGACGGACUUACCCUGACAACGCUCUGGGUCUUUACAACCCGGGAACUAGCUUUGCUAGUGCUCAGCAAAUCACAAAGGGAUCCGCGCGAGUAUCUGCCCUUCAUCCAGGACUUGCACCAGCUCCCAACCCUUCGCCGCCAUUUCCAAAUCGACGACCAUCUCGAACGACGCGGCAAGGCCCUCGUACACCUCAAGAGUCUGGAUGUCUUUGACGAAUUGCAACAAUAUGUCGUCAAGUAUGCCCUUUAUCAAGAAGCGCUGGACCUCUACCGUUACGACAAACCCAAGCACCGUACCCUCACCAAUCUUUUUGCCGAGCAUUCAGAGUCUGGGUCCAAAUACCGCGAUGCAGGCCUUGCAUACGAAUUCCUGGAGAAUUACUCCAAAGCCACAGCUUGCUACCGCGCCUCAGGCGCUUCCAGUUGGCGAGAGUGUCUAUACGCCGCCCAGCAGCAAACACCCGCACUUUCUCCCGAUGCCCUGUCGGAUCUCGCGUCUUCGCUUGCGGACGCCCUCACUGAGGCUAAAGAUCACACAUCCGCUGCUACCAUCUACAUCGAAUACCUCUCCUCCAUCGAGACCGCCAUUCGCUCCCUCUGCAAAGGCUCCCAGUUUGCCGAGGCCCUGCGUCUCAUCUCCCAGAAAGCCCGCCUCGACCUGUUGUCGACUGUUUUCGACCCCGCGCUCGUUGACGCGCUCAGCAGCACGACCGACCUACUCGCCGAUUGCAAGGCCCAGCUCCGCGCUCAGGUACCGCGCAUCAUGGAGCUCCGCCGCCGUGCAGAGGAGGACCCGCUCGCUUUCUACGAGGGCGAGCGUGGGCCGGCCGGCGCCGACAUUCCCUGA